AUGGUGUCAGAGCAGGGGUACACGAUGGAUCCAGCUGAAAUAGCCCCGGUUCAGGCACUCAAAGACAACCCUCCAAGCACUGUAGCAAAACUGAAUGCAACUGGUUAUCGCUGGGUAGGGGAAUUGGCCGACUUCAACUUUACCAUCAGAUACAGGCCCGAAAAAAAGCGCAGCUUACCUGUGGAAGGACUGGACAACAAACAGCAGAGCAAACAAAAGAAGAAGACACGAACUAAAGAAAGGAGACAAGAAGAGGCAUUACAAGAGGCCACAGACACGGACAGUGAUGAAGAAGGCGCUCUUGUCUGGAGAUCUCCUCGCCUGCGGAUUCGUGAGGAAAGCAGAGCUCAGGUGCACACUCCCGAACCUGAGCUGGAGCAGCAGCUGGACCAACCCCAGGCGGUAGACUCUCAUCACCAUGACGACCAGGCCACCGCAGCAGAAGAUGGUCAACUGGCAGCAGCCGGUGAGGCAGACCAGGAGCAGCUCAGCGACAAUCCUUCGGAGGAAGAUGCGCCCCAGCAGAGAGGCAGAGACUCUGAUGUGCAGUGGUCGACAUCUGCUACCCACAUAUACCCUCAGAGGGAGCGGCGGCGGCCCCAGGUCCUCUCCUAUCACCAGCUCGGACACCCGACCGUGAGACCAGUGGGUAUGGACUGUAUCGAGGUGAGUGUCCCACCCACAUGCUCACAGAGACUCUGGAGACCAUGGGCGUCCGACACCACGCAAGCAGCUUAUUAA